UGCCAAAGUUUCUCCAUUGAAACCUACUAGGGCCUAGCUAUACCUUCCCCUCCAAAAAAAAAAAAAGGGAAAAUUAUUAUUGUUAUUCAUAUUAUUAUAUAUGAUUGAGUUUGGUUAAUAUGGAUGAAGGUGGCAUAAGUGGAAAUAAUAGCUUAAAUCUGUUGCCUCCUGGUCUUAGAUUCUGCCCAACAGAUGAAGACCUUGUGCUUCACUUUCUCUAUCACAAAGCUAACUCUCAUCAUCAUUUUUCCAAUUCCAUUAUUAUUCCUCAUCUUCAGCUUCAUCUCUAUAACCCUUGGCAGUUCCAUGGUAAAACACUUUCAAAUGGGGACAAUAUUCAUUACUUUUUCAGCAGAGUGGGAGAAAGUAGAGCCACAGAGAGUGGAUAUUGGAAAGAUGUUUUAAUGGAUGAACCAAUCUUUUGCAGUGCCAAUGGGGAUGAAGUGGGUAUCAAAAAAUAUCAUAUUUUCUUUGCUGGUGAUCAAGAAGAAGAUAAUUGUGAAAAUUGACAAAUUAUUUAAGAGGUUAAAUAAUGGGGUUUUUUCUUUAUUUAACAUUGAGGGCAGAUUGGUAAUUAUGCCUAAUGGCAUAAUUGAAAUUAUAUCAAUCCUUUUCUUUUCUUUUAGGUCAACAAGAAAAGGACAAAAAAGAAGAGAGGAGGAGGCAGCCGAUUUUGUGAGAUAGAGAAAGUGAGAGGCGGCCAACAUCACAGAUAGAGAGAGAGAGAGAGUGACGGCGUUAGACUACGUGAGAUUGAUCGGCACGGCGGUGAAUCUUUUCCGAAGAGAGUGACGGCGGAAGAACUUCGAAGAGAGAGAGAGAGGCGCGGCGGAAGAACUUCGACGGCGUUUUCUUCUUUUUACCGACGACAGGUCGGUCUUCACAGCGACAGCGAGAGGUGGCGUCGGGUGGUUCUUUCGGGGUGUUGUCUCGGCAUUCCUUCAGCGCCGUUGGUUGGGUUUUUCGGGUUCAUUCCGGGGUUUGUUCCGACGAGCAGCGUCGGUUUGCAAGCUGUGGUCGACGGUCAGCGUCGUUGUUCGGGGGUCAGUACAACGGGUUUUAGUUUUCAGUUCAGCUAGCAUCCGUGGAUCUCUCAUUCUUGGUUGAUGGUAUAUUUUGAGUUUGUCUCUUAAAUUACAGAUAGUUGAUUUGUAAAUUUCUGUAAUUGUUCCUCAUAUUUGCUCUAAAUAAAAUCCUCCAAACUGGUUCUCAAAGUGGAUGUAGACCAAAUUGGUCGAACCACUAUA